UGGCUUGGUAAUAUUGGAUUAGGCGGGGAAGCCCUUUCAUUACCGUACACAAAGAUCCAGACAAGGCAAGAACCUCUUGCAUUGUGGUUGGGGCCGUAUGGAUCGGCAACGAACUCAGAGUCCGGUUUCUAUCCGCCAUUGGAGCAGCGAAUCUGGCAUCACUUCGCCGGCACGUAAUGGCCAUGCUCGCUCUUCUUCCGCCUCUGGAAUCUCCAGCAUCAAAAGGGCCCAGAAUGUCGCUGCUAAAGCUGCCGCUCAGCGUCUUGCUCAGGUCAUGGCGUCUCAGACUCCUGACGACGAUGAAGAAGACGAUUACGAUUUAGGAUUUCGCUACACUCCUCCUCCUCCUCUGUCUCUUUCCAGGACUAGUAAAUCCUCUGUUCCUCCUGCCACAACUAACAGAUCUCCAUCCCCUGCGUUAGCUCGGAACUUGGUAGAUGAAACAACAUCAGCACGAUCAGCAUCAACUGGAAAACCUUCAAUGUCUGUUCGUCAAGCAGCUAUUAUACCACCCAAUAGACCGCAGCCAAAGGCCCCAGCUCCUGUUCCACCAAUGGAGCCCUCUCUUAUUAAGCCCAAAGAUAUUAAACCUAAAGAUAAAAGAUUUGCAUUGGAUCCUGAACUUGUUAAACCAAAAGCGUCUGAAGAUGAGCAUGACGCUUCUGCUCUUCGUGAUGAGCUUGAUAUGCUACAAGAAGAGAAUGAGAGUGUUCUUGAGAAGCUCAGAUUUGAGGAAGAGAGAUGUGAUGAGGCCGAGGCCAGAGUUAGGGAGCUUGAAAAACAGGUUGCUGCCCUUGGAGAAGGUGUAUCUUUGGAAGCUAAACUCUUGAGCAGAAAAGAAGCAGUGUUCCGUCAGAGAGAGGCUGCAUUAAAAAAUGCAAAAGACUCUAAGGAUGUAGUCAAUAAGGAAAUAACAUCUCUACAUGGUGAAGUUGAGAAUGCAAAAGCUGAAGCUGUAGCUGCAGCUAGUCAGCUUCACCGGGCUGAAUCUGAAGUGAAAGCUCUUCAGUCAAUGACACAAAGAAUGGUAUUAACUCAGAAAGAAAUGGAAGAAGUUGUUCUCAAGAGGUGUUGGCUUGCACGAUAUUGGGGUUUAGCUACAAAAUAUGGUAUCUGUGCAGAUGUUGCUGUUUCCAAGUAUGAACAUUGGUCAUCCCUAGCCCCUCUUCCAUUUGAGGUUGUUGUUUCUGCGGGACAGAAAGCUAAGGAGGAAUGCUGGGAAAAAGAAGGUGAGGAUGCAUUUGAUAAGAGGAGAAAACUUGUUCAAGACUUGAGUGAUCUCACUGGAGAGGGAAAUAUUGAAAGUAUGCUUUCAAUUGAAAUGGGGCUGAAGGAGCUUGCUUCCUUGAAGGUUGAGGAUGCUAUUGUGCUUGCAUUCGCCCAACAACGACGUCCAAAUUCUACUCGACAAUCCAUUUCAGAUCUUAAAUCACCACAGGAUCCCAAGUUUAUGGAGGCCUUUGAAUUGAGUCCAGAGGAGUCUGAGGAUGUUCUCUUUAAAGAGGCUUGGCUGACAUAUUUUUGGAGGAGAGCCAAGGCUCACAAUAUAGAGGAGGGCAUUGCUAAUGAGCGUCUUCAGUUUUGGAUCAGUCGGAGUCGACAUUCACCUACUUCGCAUGAUGCUGUUGAUGUGGAGCAGGGACUUGUGGAACUUAGGAAGUUGGGAAUUGAGCAUCGACUUUGGGAAGCAUCCAGGAAAGUUUAUCAAGAUAUUCACGGCAGUUGACUGCUUUGCCUGAGCAUUUCUGCUAAACCUCGUUUGAGGGAUAUAUUGAUAUAUCGUACAAUAUACAAACUUCUUUCUGGAUCUUGGACACUUCCACCCUCCUCCGCAAGUUGUUUAGAGAGGUUGGUUAUGCUGAAGGUUCUUGUCUAAUCACUUUUUCUUGUACAUAACUGUUACCUGAACGGGGGAUGGAUUCCACGCUUUCUAGCAAUAAUAUUAACUUUGCUAA